AUGUCGACAACAACACGGCCGUCGCCGUUCUUCUAUGCCAACGCCACAGCCGAGUCCGACUCACUAGCGAUCCUGCACCUGAAGCGCGACAGCCUCCUUCCCAUCACGCUCGGCAAGACUACCGAGGAUGGGUAUGCAGAAGGUGCCGUCACCAACACCCGUUUUGGCUCCUUCCCACACAGCACCCUCGUCGGUCUGGACUGGGGCAGUCAGGUGAGGGCGAGCAAGGUCGAUACUGGCACACGAGGGAGGAAGAAGCAGAAGGCCAAGCAGGAAGAUGCGUCCGCAGCAGCAGCACAGGCCGAGGAGGAGCAGGAGGUAGUAUGUGACCCAUCGCGGAGAAAGAGAAAGUCGACCGGAGAGGAACUACCGGAAUCGCCUACCAAGAAGUUCAAGCCCAAUCCAAAGGAGAAGGAGAAAGGUCAAAGUGCUGCGCAAGCUCAAGUAGGACGAGCGGCUGUCGAGGCGGGCUCGGGCUUUGUGCAUAUUCUGCCGCCCACACCAGAAUCAUGGACAUCUUCACUGGACCAUCGGACGCAAGUCGUAUACACACCUGACAACAGCUACAUCCUGCAGCGGCUGCGAGUGCGACCGGGCAGCUCCAUGAUCGAAGCUGGUGCUGGUAGUGGCAGCUUCACUCAUGCUUCUGCACGAGCCGUCUUCAGUGGCUACCCCGACAACACUUUUGGACCUCCCACGAAACGUCGAAAGACUGGCAAGGUCUACAGCUUCGAAUAUCACGAGCCACGUGUGCAGACACUACGUGAGGAAAUUACGGAGCACCAGCUGGAUGGCGUGGUCCAACUAACCCAUCGCGAUGUCUGCAACGAUGGCUUCGUCCUCCAAGAUGGAUCUGCACCAUCUGUUGAUGCCAUCUUCCUCGACCUGCCCGCUCCCUGGCAGGCCCUGAAGCACCUCUCACGCGCCACUCCCAACACUCCCCUCAACCCCAACUCCCCAGUCCACAUCUGCACCUUCUCCCCCUGCAUCGAGCAAGUCAUGGCCACCGUCACCGAACUACGCAAGUCCGGCUGGGCCGACAUCUCCAUGGUCGAAGUCCAACACAAACGCAUCGACAUCCGCCGCGAGCGAGUCGGACUGAAGGAGGAAGGUCUACGCGGCGUGAACGCCAGCGCCGCAAACGUCGAAGAGGCUCUAGGCAGGUUAAGGGAGGUCGAAACAAAGAUAUCUGACUUCCAUGCGAACCGGACUAACAGCGCGAACAGGGAAGAGGUGGGUCAGCAGAUGAAGACUCAGAGUAAACAGCAGCGACUUGAGAAGAUCAAGAAGGAUGCGGAGGAGAGGAUGUUGUAUAAGGAGGGCCACCUGGUGCAUCGGACGGAGCCGGAGGUGAAGACGCAUACGAGCUAUCUCGUGUUUGCUAUCUUGCCGAGGGAGUGGAGUGAAGAGGAUGAGAAGAAGUGCGAAGAGCUGUAUCCGGUUGAUGAAAUCAUGAAGGGUUCGCCGGUCAAGGAGGGCAAGGCGAAGAAGUAA